GCUGUGGUGGUGGAUCCAAAGAAAAAAAGCCACUAAGGCUAAAAAAGAUUAUAAGUCUACACAAUGGAGACUCCUGAAAAUAAUGCAGAAACAAGCUUGAAUAUAAAAAUAACUGUCAUCCGUGGAAAUAACCUGCAAGGGAAAAAAGCAGACAGCUUCCAGAGUUUUCUGCAGGUUGAAGUGGAUGGAAAUGUGCUGGAAGAGUCAGAUAAGAAGCAGGUCGACCCUGUGGAGCAGCGUGUUGAAUACGACUUUGCCUGCAGCUUCCACUGCCCCAAUAACACUCAGGCUCUCAGUGACAUCGCCAAUAAACCCAUCAUAUUGACGGUGAGAGAGUUCCUGCCUGAGGAGAAGAAAGCUGAGGCGAAGACACCAGUGCUGGGCCAAGCUGUGGUCGACCUACUGCCGCUGCUACAAGGUCAGUGCAGCUUCUCGUCAACAGUCCCACUGAACCCAGUGACCUCCCAGGACUCCAGCACCAAGAACAGCCUGAAUGUGGAGACAGCAGUUAGAGCCAGACAGAAGCAGGUGGCCAGCCAAGUCAUUUUAAAGUCGAAGAGGAAGCCACCGACCCUGGACGUGUGUGUUAGUGUGUCGAAUCCAGUGCUGUCUGAGGCUGAACUCUCAGCCUCCAACCUGCUGAGGGUAACCGUGGAGACAGCCUACUCCAUCCCUGAGUCAUGGAUGCUGCAGUCUGGCCCUGCCCCUACUCCCUGCACGUUCACUGCUGCCCUGGAGGUCCCGCUUGAUGCACAAAAAAACCAGGUGCUGGUAUUCUGUGAGGGGCAGCUGAAGGCAGGGGGGCAGAGGGAGGAAAUAGGCCGACAGAAGAAGAGGCCCCAUCAGGCCCUGCUGGUCCCAGGGAACCACUUCCUGCCUGAUGCCUUUUUCCAGGCAGAGUCCAUUAAACAAGAGGAUGGUGAGCUGACUGGCUUGGAGGACUGGGAGUUUCGUAAUGAGGCAGAGACCACGAAGAAUAGGGUGAGCUGGGACACAGAGAUGUGCUGCUUCCUGGAUGUAGGAGGAACUGCCAGGCUGCGGCAGAAGAUCACUGAGAGCAGACUGUGGCCGGUUGAGAUAAUGAGGCCGUUGGCUCCGCUGACAAAGGCAGCAGAAACUAAGACGCAAGCUGAGGAGAACCCAGAGAUCCCCUUCCACGGUGUGGCAUUUGUGGACAUGGGGCGGCUGCUGUAUCCUGGAGUCAGCCGCAUCCGAGGAGCAUACAGCAUUCAGCCCUUCUCCGAGGCUGAGUUGCUGAAAAAGGCCAAGCGGAGUGUCAGUGUGUUAAAGGAGCAGGCCAAUGCUGCAGCCAACCAGGCCAAAGCUUGUGCUGCCGCAGCUGGAGGCUUUAACAAGGCAAAGGCAGGGAAGAACUUGGAUGGAAGGGGAACAAAGGAUCCCAAGGAGCCAGCUAAAAAGCAACCUGGUAGUCAGAGCAGAUUGGCUGCAGCCGACGUCGUCGCCGACAGCGUGUCCGAAAAUGAGCUGAACGUCAACACCGAGGGAAAUAUGUAUGUGGAGGCCAGAACUUAUAUUAUCAUUGAGAUAGCCUUGGAGAAACCGCUGGUACCCAAAACAUCUCCAGAGGAGCUGUCCAGAAGGGUAAAGGCGUUGAUCCCACCCAGAUCUCCACUUCCAGCCGGUCCAAGCAGAGCAGAAAGAGCAGUGCUGGACUUCCACAGGCAGGUUGGCAACGUGGUGAGCCAUGUUUCGGACCAGUAUGAGGAAUUGUUUGGAGCAAGAUGCAAGUCAUCUGGAGACUGCAGCCGGGAGCAAAAAAAGGUUCAGCUGAUGGGAACACUCAACGUCUCUGCGAGAUACUUUACCUUUAAGGAACAGAUGAAGCAUGCAGUGGUGAGGAUUGUACGUGACAAGAUGCAGCGAACAGAGCCAUUCACUGACCCUCAGGAGCUAAAGGCUUUUGUCAGCAAGCUUUACGUCUACCUGGUGGACGAGAUGCACAUAGCUCUCAACAAGAUUUAUUCAGAUGGCGUUGAUGAUGACUCCCUGAAUGAGAUCCAGUUGACUUCUUCUCAGCUCAGCCACUUUGCCAGAGAAGCUAAGCUUACUGGGGAUUAUCAACAGGCUGUUCAGUACUACCAAGAGCUGGUGGUGAGGCACCCAAUGGAGCCCUCCCACAAGUUUGAGUGGGGAAGCCUUUACAUGCUGACUGGAGACUACAUGAAGGCUAAAGAGUGUUUCCAUGACGCCGUGUCCAUCCAGCAGGCACACCAACCCAGCCUGAUGAUGUGUGGGGUCUUGGCAGUGAUGUUUGAGCAUCAUGAGGAGGCCCAGACCUUCCUGGAGAGAGCUGCCAGCAUAGAACCGCCCAGUGUGGUGGCCUGGGUGCUGCUGGGUUUGCUCCAUGAGAGCCAGAGCGAAUCCAUCCUGGCUGAGAGGGCUUUUCUGGAGGCCAGAAAGCAGCUGAGGGCAAAAGAAGCAAAGAAGCAAACACUGAGGGAGGAGGAGGAGGAGGAGAAAGACAGGGAGAAAGACAAGGAGGAGGACAAAAAUGAGAAGGAGAAAGACCAGCGAGAGGAUGAGGAGAUGGCCACGCCUGCAUACCCAGAGUGUGGAGACCAGGACUCAGAGGUGCAAGCAGAGCCUCCUGCACAGAGUGUCAGCUCCAGAUCAGCUCCAGCUGAACUCUCCUCAGAGAACAUUUACACCGAGACAGUUCAGUUCCUGCUGCAGAACAUUGCCCUGCAGAUGGCGGAGCGUGCUCUGUCCCUGGAGCUGCUGUGUUCAGCUGGUGGUCGCAGUGUCUCCUAUCUUCUUCAUCUGGCGCAGCUGCAGCUGCUCAGAGCCGACUACUGCAGUGCCGCCGCCAGCCUCAACGAGGCGCUGUUUCACGGAGACCAGUGUUGUCCACCCUGUGAGCAGGAUGUGGAUGCGUGGGCGCUGAAUGGUCACUGUCACUACCUGCAAGGGUCGUUCAGUGAUGCCCAGGAGAGCUAUGAGCGGAGCCUGAACUUCCUGCAGCUGCCAUCAGACGCUCACCUUGUCCGACUCCGCCUGGGAUCCAUCUACCUCCAGCAGGGGAAGUUUGAGCAAGCCAAAGUUGUCUACCUGCAGGCUUGUGAGCAGUCUCCGUCCUGCCUGACCUGGCUGGGCCUGGGCACCACCUGUUACCGGCUGGAGGAGCUGUGUGUAGCUGAAGAAGCUUUGACUGAGGCCAAUCAUUUGAACAACCAGAAUGCAGAGGUGUGGGCUUACCUGUCUCUGAUCUGCCUCAGGUCUGGCAGACAAGAGGAAGCAGAGCAGUUUUAUAAAUAUGCAACAAGGUUCAACCUGCAGAAGGAGUCCCUCUUCAAAGAGUUCAAUGACCUGAAGGAUCAGCUCCGCUUCGCUCAUCUGGUGUCAUGCUUUGGAACAAGCUCAUAAAUCAUUUGACCAAGUACAUUUCAUACAAACACAC